AUGCUGAUCGCCCUUCAGCACGUCCUGACCCAACGCCAGGCCGCCUGCUCGGACAGGCACAUCCUGCAUAUCUUCCACCAACAAGAACGUGAACAGCAGAAUAUAACGCCCGGGCUCGCUCCUCCCUUGGACCUUCUCAACGUUGUGCAACCUAUUCCCGGGACAACGCCGUGUCUGCCGGCGUCCACGGCAAGCGAAGGAAAAAAGGUCGGCAAACCCCAGGGCACCAGCCAAUUGCCUCAAUAUCGUGGACGCAUGAAGCCUAAUCUUGAUGCUUUAUGA